AUGCCCGGUGGAGACAGACGUCGCCUGCACUCCGGCGCCGCCGUCCCCAAAGGCUGCUUGGCGGUCAGAGUGGGGCAGAAGGAGGAAGAGCAGCAGAGAUUUGUGGUGCCGGUUAUGUACUUCAAUCACCCGCGCUUCAUGCAACUUCUCAAAGAGGCGGAGGAGGAGUACGGGUUCGAUCAGAAGGGGACCAUCGCCAUUCCUUGCCACGUCGAGGAGUUCCGCCACGUCCAGGGCAUGAUUGACCGUGAAAAUUCAUUCCACCGCCGUCACCACCACCACCACCACGUCGGUUGCUUUCGGGUUUCAUUCUGA